AGCAGUUUGUCAGUAUAUUCUAUGGGUAUCAUCUUUGUGAUCAGGCACAAAAUGUUAGGUAAACAUUGGUUAAUCAAAGUUUUAUCAAAAAGUUAUAUUAAAGAUACAAAAUACUUUGACUUUCAAUAUUAUUUUCAAUUUCACCCAUUGAACUUUUAUUUGCGGAUGACUUUAAAGAGAUGAAACAAGAUCAAAAUGCGCUUCGUGGGGUAAUAAAUUCAAUUUUUUAUCGCUAGCAGUUUGGUAUCGAAGUGGGGUAUUAACAACUAAUAAGAGUAGAUAUGUUAGGUUUUAUUACCUGAAUAUUUGGCGAUAAUCGUCUUUUCAAUCAUAAAGUGAUAUAAAAAUCAACAAAACAAGGCUUAUAUUCUUCCUGUGUAGUCUUCAUAAGAGAUUUAUAUCUUCUUUUCUAUUACAAUAAGUACGAUUUAAAUAUUGAAGCUACCUCUUUACUGCCUGAAACUAUUCCAUUUUUCUCAAUUGUACCUAUUCUGUUCUGUACAUUCCUCUUUCUUUCAAAAGUUCAACAUAUUCGCUCCUUCAUGCGAGGUGAACUAUUCGAAUUGAAUUCGCGCCGGUGAUAAACUGCUCAACCUUUUAAUGUAAUUUUAUUAUUUUUCAUUUAACCUAAGGACAACUACUCCGAGCUCGAUAAAAUGAUUUUUCUCCAAGGCUGGUUGAUGACCGUAGACUUUUUGUCAACUCUCUUCGAAGGGUAUAACGAACUUUAUGCUGAUCGCAAUCCUCAUGGACGAACCACGUAGCUUUUCUUCGUGAUCCUUCCUGUCCUCCACGAUUCACCUUUCCCUGCAUUCAUAUACUCUAUUUGUUCCUGCACAUUUUCGUUCGACCUAUCGUACUACUUCGAUAAUUCGUCGACCCGAACAUCUAUCCUUCCUUUUUACCUUCUCUCUUUUUCUGUUUUUCAUAUUUUUUUACUUUCUUGUAUUCUUAUUUUUCGUCUUUAUUUGUGCUAUUCGGUGAACGUAGAAUCACCAUUGUUAAAACGAAUAUUAUAGUAGGAGGUGGUCAUAUUUAAAGGAGGGUUAAUGGUGGAACAAGAUGUAGGAUUGGCACAUAGGUACCAGUCUAUCUACCUCUUUCCUCUAAUUCUUGUGGUAAGCAGGUAGAACCGGGGCAACGAUCGACUGGGGUCAUUGGCUGGAUCCAGUUAUCAAGGUUAGGGUCCUUUUCUUUGCUCGCGAGAGAUCAUCGUUUCUCCUCGAUAAAUUUCUCAAGUUUAUUCACCCGUAUGCGAGUCGCAUCGUAAUGCGAUAUGUCAAGAUCAGGCAACAGCUCCUGCCUUUCAAUUUUAAUUAUUUAUCAACUACCAGGUAAACGAUGACUGACUAGUAAGUUUCACAUGCUCUUUAAAAUCCUUCGCAUUUAAUGGUUCGAUGACUAUUAAUGCGUAUCCGUGUAAAUCGAGAAUGUAACGAAACCAUUAUCGUUAACACAUUGGCCUCGAAGGAAGUGGAAUAGGGUGGCUGAUUCGAGCGAUGCGAAAGACAAAAGGAAUUGAAAAAGUCUUCGUAACGGAAAUGAUCCUCGUCAAAUUUGUGGACCUUCUUAGAGGCUAGAGGCUAGAAAAUGAUCUACGUCUUGAUUUAUCGUCGGAUAGAAAUUAAAAAUAAUGUUAAACGCGAUAUCAUUUUUCUAGAAUAUAACUACAAAUAGAUUUAUUGUACAGUAUGUACGUAACGUAUUGAACGGGAAUUAAAAAUGCCAGACUGUUCUUUCGUUACUCUGGAGAAAGACAAACACGGGGACGAAUCAUUUUUGUUCAGAUAAAAAAAUUGAUAUUCGAUUUAUUCCCAGUGGAUACUUGUCCCGUACUCGUUGUCUGACUCCUUUUUCCUCAGACUGUGUGUGUGAGUACAGUUUCUUUUUGAAUGUCCGAUCGGUCGCACGUUGUCGCCAUAUCUCGAUCUUUCUGUUGCGAGACCCGUUCGCACGAGAAUUCGCAGAUUCGACAGUCGAACCAAACGUGGUCGUGCGGCCAACGACCGCGACUUUCUCCUUUUAUGCUAAUUUUGUUAAUACGCUAUUUUCACGACUUUCGUACUUCGCAAGCAUGCCAUUUUAUCGUCCUGUAUCUGAUGCAGGACGGGCCGACGAACCAAACGAAAUAUUUUUGGCGAAAGGAGAUAAUUAAGAAACAGUUCGUUGCUCGCCCUAUUACGUAAAACCAUAUCGAAGCAUUUCAGAAAGUUCAACGAAUUUGACGGUUACGAUAAUGGAACGAACUUAAAGUCGCAUACACUGUCGACCAUAAGUAUCGGGGCAGUUUAAUUGAUUUAUGGUAACGGUAUAUGAAUUUUAUUAGAGUACGAACUAACGAUGAAUUAAUAAUUAGUAUCAACGUUUACUGCUUUCUGAUGGAACCACCGGGAUAUAACCUUAAGCUAUCAAAAAACAUAGCAGUAAUAUAUUUUAGUAUUCCUCUGUAUACGCUAUCACAUACGUUUACUAUAUAAAUAUCAUCGUAUUAACAUCAGUAGUAUUUCCAUCACUUUGGAAGAUUAGUCCUCUUAAUCUGAUCCUUGUGAUAUAUCGACGAUCGGCUAGUGUCGACAGAUAAUUGCGGAAUAUUCUAUCCAUAUGUAAUCGGAAAUAAUUCGAUUAAACAACCCGUUGGAACAAAUUGAACGAAAUCAGAGAACGAGCUUCUUGAUUUGAAUUACGAACGAUUCAUCAAUGGAUCGAUGGUGGUUUUCCAGACUUAAUGUAUGCGAAUAAAGGAUAGGUUGUGAGUGACACCAUGAUUCGUGAUACAGUACGAUGCAGAGAGUAUAUACAGAGUUCGUUGCCCCAUAAAAGAAGGUGGGUGUAUUGGCCCCGACAGGCGUUUCUGGGUUUAUUACCUACGUCAGUUCGAUCGCAAACUACCGUGCGUCUAUACCCUGUAACACUGUAUUAUUUCGACUGGCGACUGAUUGCCAGUAGAGAAGUACGGUAAAAAAAAUUAUGGAACGCACCUUUCGAAAUUUCUCCUCGGAAGGUAAUAUACAUCGGAUACGACAAGGUAAUACAUCGAUGAAAGCAUUUUAAUGUCUUUUAAACCCAUCAUGGUUUUACACGCUAUACGAGUAUUUCUAACAGGCAGCGCAUACUUGCUGCCUUUACCGUCUUACUUUCUCUUUAAUUCCCUUUAAACCCUCCAGUUUCUUUACGCACACUCGCUACCUGAAGUAGCGUUCCUUCUUUUCUUUAAUUAUUUCUCCUUGAUACUUUCACGAUGGAAAUACUCGAUUUGGAGAAAAGUAAGGGCGGAAAGGAAUCGAUUACUCUUUCAUGUUGCUGGUACCAACGUGUACUUAACGCUCGAAGUUAUUUUUUUUGCAAAGAAUUAAAAUUCCUCGCGAUAUGCAAUAUGCGAUCUGCGAAAAGAAGCGCAAUUACAGCCACGAAGAAAGCGAAGACGUAGGAAAAUCGACAUUACCACGCCAUCGGUAUGAAAUUUUGAAAAACGAAAACGAAUCGAAAUGAAUCCAGGCGACCGAUGAGUUAAACCGAGCAAUAAAAAUAAGUGAAUGAAAUCGGAGAUGAUGGUUUUCUCACGAUAAAAAUAUUCUUUCGUUGAGAACGAUGACGAUAGCGGUAGCAAUAGGCGAUGACGACGAUAAUAGCGGUAGCGACGUCGUUUCUGCUCUCUUCUAGCGUCGGGGCUGCUUGUUCGUCAGCGUGGCUAUACGGUACAAAGCUUCUUAGUGGGGAUGGAGGACACUUUCACUCUCACAGGUGUAUGACCGAGUCGAGAGCUCGGAAAUACUUGUUACCUGAACGAGUAUCGUUGGGGAAAGAGAAGGGGGAUAGAAUAUGGCAAUGGAAGGGAUAGAGGGGCGACGAAAAAGAGAUCGACAACGGGAAAGAAAGAGGGAGGAAAAAGAAGGGAGGGAAGGGGGGACACAAAGAAACGUGACAAACAAAUAAGAGAAAUGACAGAACUGUCUAAUUUUUGCAACUAUCUAAUAAUAGAAUGGUACGUAUAAAAUGUCGUCCUUUUUUUUCAGAGAAUCUUUUAGUCGCAUCUUCGGUUAUCGCAAAGACGUUAUAGUCUGCGCAGUAAUUAAUUUCCAAUCAUCGUUAAACGUAUCGAUACCGUAUGUAAAUUAAAGUCAUGGUGUGAAAAACACAGGGAGAAUAAAAAGGAAACGUAUUAGAGAUAGGAACGAAUGGUUCGGAAAGCGGAGAAUGUCGCGUGAUCCGCUGGAUAACGACCCAGUGUCCACGUGCUUGUACGUAUAUUUACAAUUUUCUUUGAAAUUUUACCGAUAUGAUCGUAAAUUUGAAAAAUUUUAUAAACUUUCAAAAUUCCUAUAACGCACAUAAUAUAUUCGGAAAAGGUUUCUAGAAGUGUCCAAAUACUUUCGGCAUCCACUGUAGAUGGGUAACGAGUAGCCAGGCAAAAACAAAAAGAAAAAUAAGAAGAUAGAGUGCGAAGAGACUGGACGAGGUCAGUGAACCAUGAAAGAGUAUGGUUUUUUGGUCAGUGUACACACUACCGAAAUACGUUCCCGACGCGGCGAGACGUUCCCGCCGAUAUUUCUCCGUGGGUCCCCAGUCGGCCCCAGUGGGUCAGUGGUUCACGAAGAACCUCUCGAGGAUACACGCGAGAAAGAUACGAUCCUUUUGCAACACGCUCGAUGUUUACUCGUAUUUUUUUUUUUUUUUCAACAUUACGUAUUUAAACUAAUUCUGUUCACGGUUUAUCAUAAACGUAUUUAUUAUAUUCACAACUAAUAUUUCAUAUGUGCGAGAUAUAUUUUUGUUGUACAUAUUUGUUUAUACCGUUAACAAAUCGAUUGUUUCUCAAUACAUUAAAACAAAUAUUCUCUGGUUUUUAGAAGCAUAUACUCUGUGUAAUUUGUUUUAAAGACUUCAUAUCCCAAAAUAUGAAAAAUUAAUGUGAGUCAAUAUCGCUAUAAAUAUGGAUAUGUUUCAUAAACAUGGAUAACGUUUACAAUAAAUAAGUUGUAGUUUCUAUAUACAUUUUUAGACUCGUUCCAAGUUAUAGCACGUUGCACAGAGAAUCGCAAGAUGAUCUGCAACGCGUUUGACACAUGCAAAUAAAAGUAAUCACGAUUUUAAGCGAGGACAGAAACGGAGAAAUGAUACGAAGUAAACGAGAGAGAAAUAGAGAAAGAAACGAAUGCAAAUGUACGGGCAACUCGAUCGUUAGCCAUCGUAUCUACUUGAAAAAGGUGUACCGAUCGUAACAGACGCGAAAGAACCAUUCUGCUUGCUUGCGGUUCCAAGAAAUCCGGUUAGAAUUUAGGCUAUGUGGAGCUCCUACUCGAAUCUGGAACAGGUUGGUCAUUGACCUUGCUUCGAUCGCUCUUUGAAAAGAUUUUCAAGCGUGAUUACAAGUUUACCAGUGAUUGUCUUCGACACGCGACACGAGACAUUGUCGUUCUCUCCACGCACUUUCCGCUAUUCGAACAUGUUCGAGAACUGUUGCGAGGCAAUUAAAUAUGAAAAUAGUUUUUCAACUAGGAAUCCGAAUAUCGUGAUUUCUGGUGGCCGAUCGUACGAUGUCUUUGUUCGAAAGUCUUCCGUGGUUGAUAGAACGUGCAUAGCAAUAUGAAAUUCCUUUGAUUUUUAUCUUCGAAUAUAACGAUGAUUAUAGUAGCUAUGGCGAUCAAGGCAGAGAUCGAAAGCUGACAAGAAUACACCAAGAGAGCACGAGAGCAGGGGAGAAAGGCCCGAAAUGAUUCCGAGAUGACAUGUCCAUAUACCGAAUUACACGACUAACUACCGAAUCAUUUUGACCUACAUAUGUAUAUGAUACCAUGUUUUCCCGUAUGCUCUUCAAAUGGUUAUAGAGAUAAUUUUUAAUUGCAUGUAUAAGUAACAAGAUAAGAAAACAAAUUGGUAUUCUCCUUGCGAUCUCGAUAUCGUCUAUCAUGAAUAUGCAUUGAUAUGUUAUUUUCGAAGAAAAUGUCAGGCAUUAUUUUGAAUGGACCGGAAACAUAUUUGAUUUUGACAUGAAUUUUCGUUACCAUCAGUAAUAUAAACUAGAAAAAAGAAAGUUGCAGAUGAAGCGUUAGGUUAACGCAAUGUUGGCCCUUAAUGGGUUAAUCAACGGAAAUGACGGUGCAUAUCGGUUACGAGCCAGUUUUACCAAGUAACGUUUGAUAAUGGAAGACACGAAGGGUGGGCAGCAUACGUGUCUAUUUAUUUAAGUACGUAUGCCCCUGUUCGCGUAUAAAAGUACGGUUUUACCGUACGAUAUGUAUUCUAGUUGAUAUUUUGUUGGAUCGCAGCGACGGAAAAAUAACGAUCGAGCAUACUACUUAUCGUCUAAGGAUGCUUCGGUUCAAAAAUAGUGAAAUGGCAAUUAUAUUGUUGCUCGUAACGGUGGCAAUCGAUGUCGAUUCGAAAGCUACUGAUUACGGUUCGAAGCGAAAGAUUGUUCCACCAACGCCGAAAUUUGAAGGAACGUUCAACGAAAGGCACGAGCAUCAAACCAUCGCUGAUCGUAUAAAAUCAUGGACGAAAGAGGACAAACAGAACGUUUGGGAAUUAAGCGGUUUGUACGAAGGAGAUAUAAUGCUUAAUUCGGAGGAAGAUGGGGGGAAAAAUGGUCUGGUGAACAACGCGUUUCGUUGGCCAGGCGGAGUUGUACCCUAUUACAUAAAGGAAGAGGAUUUUGAUGAAGAAGAUAUCGAGGUAAUCGAAGGUGCUAUAGAGGAAUACCAUAAGAACACCUGCAUACGUUUUCGUCCUUAUAAAAAGGCAGAUACCGACUAUAUCACUAUAAAGGGCAAAAUGUCGGGAUGUUGGUCCUUGGUUGGUAGGCACGAUCGCGGACAAGUAGUGAAUUUGCAGAAUCCGGGAUGCGUGCACCAUGGUGUGGUCGUGCACGAGUUGAUGCACGCAUUAGGCUUUUACCAUCAACAGAGUGCCGCGGAUCGUGACGAAUGGGUGACGAUAAAUUGGGAAAAUAUAAAACCAGGCAAGGAGCAUAAUUUUAAUAAAUACGACAAUGGCACUGUCACAGAUUAUGGAAUUGGUUACGAUUAUACGAGUGUAAUGCAUUAUAGUUCUCACGCGUUUUCAAGAAAUGGCGAACCGACCAUUACACCGAAAAAGGAGGAAACAGAACUUGGUCAACGAAAAGGACUCAGCGGAAAGGAUACACUGAAGUUACUAGAAAUGUACAAAGAGGAGUGUAAGAAACGGCAAAUGAAUGAAACCACGAAUAGCGACGAUUCAUCGGAUGAUAUAUCCAUCGAGUGGUUACUCACUAGAUCGUAA